AUGAGUAUGUGCAUUGAUUACAGGCAGUUGAACAAAGUAACAGUCAAGAACAAGUAUCCUUUGCCUCGUAUCGAUGAUUUGUUUGACCGGCUUCUGGGAGCGAGAGUGUUCUCCAAGAUCAAUCUCCAUUUAGGUUAUCACCAGCUAAAGAUCAGGGACUCGGAUAUUCUUAAGACAACUUUCAGGAUCCGAUAUGGUCAUUAUGAGUUCUUGGUGAUGUCUUUUAGGCUGACCAAUGCCCCAGCAGCGUUCAUGCAUUUGAUGAAUAGCGUGUUUUGGCCUUAUCUUGACUCGUUUGUCAUAGUUUUCAUUGAUGAUAUCCUGGUAUAUUCGCGUAGUCAGGAGGAGCACGCGGAGCAUUUGAGAGUUGUUUUGCAGAGAUUGAGGGAGGAGAAACUUUAUGCGAAGUUCUCCAAGUGUGAGUUUUGGCUCAGUUCAGUGGCUUUCCUGGGGCACGUGAGUCCAGUGAGGGUAUUCAUCCGGAGAAGAUAA